AUGUCUACACGAGGCUCUCCUCGUACCUACGAACCCCGAGUUAUCAGGGUAGAUACUGCUCGUAGUGUGGAUAAUGCCUGUGUGUCCUCUUCCUCAACUUCACCCACACGCACCAGACGUCCAAGUGCUACCGGUGUUAGGGCGCCCAGUGUGCAGAGGCCACCCGUAGGCCACCCGCCUUCUUUGCCCCCUAUCACUCCCACCACCUUCCCCAGGCCCGCGUAUUUGGAUCGCUCUGCUUUGCGACACUUACUACAAACAGAGCCUCCUCGGUUACCUGGUAGGACAGAGCCUGUUACUAUACGAGUAGGCUCGCCUGGUCACUCCGCUGGAAGGUCACGUAGAAGAUCGCCGUCCUCGGACAGCGAUGAGGAGGAUGUUAGCCCUCCUCGUGAGCUACCUCCUACCACACCAUCUGUGUUGCUUUCCUCCUCUCCCAUCCUCAGACUGCCAACCCGUUGGAGCGAUGCAUACCGUAAUGACAUGUUAAGUCUUUCGUAUGAUGGACGUGAAUUGAUCUACCAUGGUGUCUCAAGCAGUGCUGACAAGGAUGCAGCCGCCGCCAGAACAAUUUAUCCCAUACCCCCAGCAUGUGGCAUAUACUAUUACGAAGUAGAGAUUACAAGUAAAGGGAACAAAGGAAAUAUCAGUAUAGGAUUCAUGGGCCGCGAUGUCAAAGUGUCUCGUUUACCAGGCUGGGAGAAAAACUCCUGGGGAUACCAUGGUGAUGAUGGCUCUUCUUUUGCCGCUGAGGGGCGUGGGACUCCCUAUGGGCCGGAGUUUGGAGCUGGCGACGUUAUUGGCUGCGGAAUCGAUUUCUGUCAAAAUCGAGCUUUCUACACGAAGAAUGGAACGUUGAUCGGCCCUGUAUUUGAGAAUGUUGGUCGCGAUUGCGACUUGUAUCCAGCGGUUGGCCUCUGCCAUUCUGGUGAAUCGAUCCGCGCCAAUUUUGGUCACGAGCCAUUCAAAUAUGCAAUCGAAGACCACACGAGGAGACAGCAAAAUCUGGCAUGGGACAAAAUCCAGUCCAAGCCUUUGGAAUGGCCUCCUAUAUCCGGGAUGAAGUAUGAAAACGGCGCUGAAGGAAGCAAAGACGCCCCGUCGGGUUCCUCCUUGACUGCGGAGGAGCGCGUCAAAGUUCCUAUCAAUCAGCUUGUUCUAUCGUAUUUGGCUCAUCAUGGGUAUGCUCGAUCAGCCAGGGCAUUUGAAGCCCAGUGCAAAUCGAGAGGCGGCCUGUCGCACGUUGAUAGUCUGACGCGGAUUCCUCCGCCUAUAUCGUCUGCCUCUCGUUCAAUUCAUGAUCACGGUAUGGACAUGGACGAUGUAACCUCGGGAGAAGCACAAGAAGGCGAUAUCGAGCUCAGAACCCGUAUUGUGGGGUCGGUAACUACCGGCGACAUCGACACCGCGCUCAUAGAGACCCAAACGCAUUUCCCCAGCGUGCUUGAACGAGAGGAAGGCCUCAUGCUGUUCAAGUUGCGCUGCAGGAAGUUUGUUGAACUUGUCUUAGAGGCCGCUGAAUUAAAGAAGAAGAUGAAGAUGGAGGAAUCUGAAAUGACUAUGGAGACUGAGUAUGAAAAUUCAGAUGUUUUCAAGAGGGAGUGGGCCGACGGAAUGGAUGUUGAUGAUGGCGCCUCGCCUUCCUUAUAUGCAGGAUCGAUGGUGAGCAACGGUCACGGAGCAAGUAGUGCAGCAAUUCCGAUCAAAGCCAAACGAAAACAAUCAUUUGCUUCAUCUCAACAUAGCUGGGGGGCCGCAACUGCUUUGCAGUACGGAUCUGCACUUGAGAAGGCAGUUCAAUAUGGUCAAAUACUCCAAUCGGACUACAAAGAUCGACCUGAGAUCCGAGCUAUAUUCAAGCGUACAUCGGUAAUUAUGGCGUAUGAUGAUCCGCUGGAGGCUGGUGGUGAUGCUGCAGAGGUUGCAGGGCAGGGGGCGCGGGUUGCUCUUGCGACCGAGUUGAAUCAAGCUAUCUUGCGAUCACAGGGUCACCCGACGCAUCCAGCGCUGGAGAAACUGUAUCGCCAGACUGCUGCGUGCGUGAUACAUCUGGCGCUGUUAGGUGUAGGGACUGCUGCUUUUGCAGAUAUGCCCAGAGAGUUCUUGGAUGCAUGA